GGUGGAUGGCUGGUGCGGUCAAGCGUGUGUGUGCUGGAGGUGUCCAUUCACCCGUGCUGUCUGCCUAGGAGUCUUCCUCCUUCUACAGUACCUCCCCUCUACACAGAGCAGAAGACGAUGGCGCCAACCAGGAGUGUGGCAACUCUACUGCUGGCUGUUUGGGUGUCGGGAGGAGCCAAGGCAGUAAUGGUGUCAACUGGGGUGACUUUCCGACGCUUGACUUCAGAUGGACACUGUGGCCAGUCACAGCUGGUGAUGCAGGUCGCCUCCCUCACCCAAUGUGCCGCUGUUUGUGCCAGAGAACCAGCUUGUGAAGGUUUCUCAUCAACCAGAAGCUCCGUGUCUCAGUAUAGAGAGUGUGCCACUAUCCAUAAUGUGACCCCGACUGACCUUGACCCAUAUUACCUCUGCUACGUUAGAGAGACCCUGUACAACCAGACUGUAGCCAUUACAACGACACAACCACCCACAACGACAGAACCACCCACAACGACAGAACCACCAACAACGACAGAACCACCCACAACGACAGAACCACCCACAACGACAGAACCACCCACAACGACACUUGGUCCCAAGACGGCGGCAACUCACUUGGGUGUGACUGGAGCCAAUGUUCUGGGUUUUACGUAUGAUGCUGAUUCCUUCAUUGCCUUCCUUUCUUUUUCAAUGUACGCGAUGCCUGUCGCCAGUCCGCCACCAGCAGUAGUAAGUACAGUGGUGAGCGAUGGCGAGGAGUGUGGUCAGGGCCAGGCCAUGGUAGGUAUUGGCCAUCUGAAUACAGGCGACCCAGAGAAGGACGACCAGAGGAUGUACUGUGCAGACAUUGUCAGCCCCAAUUCAGUCACUGCCACGUGUGAGCAGGUAACUAUUAGUCAAGAACCCCGACCGAACGUUACUUCCACAGACACAUCAACCUGGCAUGGCUGGCUUAGUUGCCAAGAUGAUUACACAGUGACCAAGUUGUUCUGGGUUUACGACACUUCACCAAUGUACAGCGACUACCGGUACACAGCAGCAAAGUGCUGUCUGGUGGCAUAACCGGCACAUGUGAAGCCAAGAGCUGAAAGUUCCUAACAGGUUGGAGGUGAUGACUCUACAACAUUUGUGUAUUAAGAUCAUAACACUAGAUACAGUACUGCAGCAGGCGUCAACCACUCGUCGUUAUCAUAACAUCCAGCACCAGACACCACCAUUGCCUCCACCAGCUGAACCUCCAGAGAUUCCUAAUAUCAGGUGUAGAUAUACAAAAUAUAAAAGUAUUUUUCUGCAGUCACAACAUACUUAAUUGGUUAUAAUGAUAACACGCCGUGAAAAGUUUACCUCGGUGAGGCAGAGAAUGUUUUAGCUUAACAUCUCUGCGGUGAGAAAUAUCAACAGAUUCACCAAGAAGUAUUAAUUAAUUAUUGUUUAUAACAUUAUUACUCGUGUAUCUGGUUUAUUGAGCCCACCUCUCACUACUGUUUACCCUCACCUUCAACAAAGUUCAUUAAGGUGGCGAGACCUGAUUGUGACAGGUUGGGUGCCACAAGGCUGAGAGAUGGAUAACACGUUUGGUAACUCACAACCUGUCUCGUUCCAGGGUAGUGUGAGGGGGGGGGGUUAGUGGUAGUAAUGGUGGUGUGAGGGAAGGGGUGGU